AUGACAUCAGUCAGUGGAGAUGAAGAGGAGUAUGUUCCAGAUUCUAACCCGGACACUGACAGUGAUUCUAGCACUGACCUCAGUCCAAGAAAACGCCAAUUUCUUGAUUCUCUGCUAAACCCUGGCUCAGAUAUGCCUAAUGAAUGUGACACCACAACACCUGGAUUGGACACCCACGUUACAUCUGAAUUCUCUGUAGAGGAAGAACCCUGCCCUGAAUUUACUGUAGAGGAAGAACCCUGCCCUGAACUUACUGUAGAGGAAGAACCCUGCUCAAGAUCCACCGAGAGUUUUAUCGACUCUGACAAGACCCUGCAACUUGCAAAGAUCAGUAAAGUUCUACUGGCACUUGAGAAAGGAAGACUGGCUGAGUUCCAUGGAAAGAACUUGGAUGAAAUCACAAUUGAUCCAAAUGAAAACGUUAUGGGUAGUGAUGAGGAAGAUGCAUGCAGACAGGAUGGAAAUCGUUCAUUUGCUGUUGAUGAACCAUCAGCAGACGAAACUGUUGCAGGUACUGUGGGGAAUGAAAUCUCUUCAACAGGCAAGCAACACAAACAGCCAUCAGCAGAGCAUGGAGCAUCUUCUGGAGUCAGUACUGUGGGACAUUCCCCCAAAGAACCGUCAACAGAGGAAACUGUUUCAGGUACUGUGGGGAAUGAAAUCUCUUCAACAAGCAAGCAACACAAACGCCAUCAGCAGAGCAUGGAGCAUCUUCUGGAGUCAGUACUGUGGGACAUUCCUCCAAAGGUAAAGCUCCACAGAAAAGAACACCCUGGCAGCCGGCAGAGGUUAGGGCAGUAGAGAGGCAAAUGAAUCAGUUCAUCCGAUCUUGUACUGUACCAUCGAAGAGAGAUUGUGAGAAAUGUUUACGGGCUGAACCUGAAGCUCUCAGGAAGAGAGACUGGAAGAACUUGAAAUUUUAUAUCUACAACAGGAUUACGGCCUUAAAAAGGAAAAUGUCUAAAUAGUCUAAUCUAAAUGGUAUGGCGAAUACAAAGAAAAGGGUUGUGGAGAAGUUUUGUUUUUUCUGAGUAUGAUUCCUCAGCCAAACUGCGUGUUUCCUGCAGUUGAAUGUAACAUUUCCUACAUUUAAAAUGUAGUUUCAUGAAGCCAAUUGUU